GAGGACCGAGCUCGCGCCGAGGGGGCUACGGAGAGGUCCCUCGGAGCGGGCCGCGGGCGACUGCGGCUGCUCCGCCGCGGACGGACGCACCAUGGCGGACGAGGAGCUGGAGGCGCUGAGGAAGCAGAGGCUGGCCGAGCUGCAGGCGAAGCAGGAUCCUGGCGAUGCGGCACAGCACGAGGCAAAGCACAGGGAAGCAGAAAUGAGAAACAGUAUCCUAGCCCAAGUUCUGGAUCAGUCAGCCCGGGCCAGGUUAAGUAACUUAGCACUUGUAAAGCCUGAAAAAACAAAAGCAGUAGAGAAUUACCUUAUACAGAUGGCAAGAUACGGACAACUGAGCGGGAAGGUAUCAGAACAAGGUCUAAUAGAAAUCCUUGAAAAAGUAAGCCAGCAAACAGAGAAGAAAACCACAGUUAAAUUUAACAGAAGAAAAGUAAUGGACUCUGAUGAAGAUGAUGAUUAUUGACCGAAACGUGUUUAGAGAAUGGAACUUAAUGGAACAAAUUCUAGGAUAGAAGUUAAGAUCUGACUAAAUAUUUCCUUUGUUUAUUAUCUAUAUGCCUUUAAAAAAUAAACUUGUUAUGCAAAACAAAA